CGUUCUCAUGACAAAGCCUGUAUCCACUGAACAAUGUUUGGACAGGAGACAGAGUCACGCGCCGUGACAGCUCUGUAUGCUACUCGUCACAUGCGCCACCCUUGACUUUGUUGCAGGCCUCAUCGGCUGCCUUGCUGGAAAUUCUGACCCUGGACAUUGCGCCUGGCUGAGGGCUGAUUAGCGAGAGAACGCCUCAAUGAAAGAUGGAUGAUGGGCCUUGAGGAAUCCUUUUAACUACUCGUGUUAAAUCAACUUGAUAUCCCAUCUGUGUAAUACGGUGUUCGUGCGGGGCAUUGCUCUCCCAGAUUUGCACUGUGUCCACUAGUCAGUCCCACCGCCUCCUCGCUGCCCGUACUGAUGGGCAUUCGCCGCCCCAGUCGUUUCAGGGCUCUCGCAACUGUUCCUCAAACUUACCCAGCCAAUGUUGCGAUGGCCUCCAUGAUUGAAAUGAAGUCCAGUAGCGGACAGGAUAAAUUGCAGGAGGUAACGGAGAUGCUAAAUAUGCUGCGCGCCGACCUCACCGAGAUGAAUCUUCUACCACAACAGAGAAAUGAAGCAUUGGAGAAGCUCAAGGUUCACGGCCGGUCCGUUGAAAACGCCGAUCCAAUAUUCACCAAAGAGGGCAUCGAUACGCUGUGUCGACACGGCUUUCAUAGCCCAUCUACUACGACUUCCCGCGAAGCUCUCCGCUGCCUAGCCAAUGCUCUACUCCUACAGACCGAAACCCGCCAAAUAUUCGUUGAUUUGGGAUUCUCAGAGAAAGUCUGCGAACUUCUGAAAAGCGACAACCGCGACGAUGAGUUCCUCGCAUCCCGCAUACUAUUCCUCACAACUUAUGGGACGAAUCUGGAUUUUGAAAAACUCAUGAGAGAUAGUCAGUUGGCCGAGACAAUAAACCAGAAUAUAGCACGACAUUCGAAACGGUAUCCCAAGUCAGGGCGACGCGCUUCUUCUAUAGCGUCCCCGAUGGAAGACAUGGCGUUGUCCGAAACAUUGAAACUGAUGUUCAAUAUCACCAACUUCUACCCUGACUUGGCCGAGAUGUUUUCGAAAUCGAUCGCGCAUAUCUUCAAGAUACUUUUUCGCACUCGUAUUCCAACUCCGCCCUUGCAUCCGCCUGUAUGUUACCUCGUCAACGCAUUGAUGAAUCUCGACCUAGAGGGAAAGAAAGGAAGCCAGCCACUCGCCGUUAAUCCGGUGUUUCCAAAAUUUGAUCAGAAGCUCAACGCGGAGCACCUGAUCAAAAUUCUCGAUAUGGCCAUCACUCAGUAUCCGGAAAAGGAGCUAGAUACAGUUGCAGCACCUGUACUGGUACUUAUCCGGAGAGUGUACGAGUUCGCUCCAGACACUGUCAAACGAUAUAUGCAGUGUUUAUUAUUACCAACGGAUGAGGAGAGAAACAUGCCUCUCGGGCAAUCUGACACACUUUCUUCCCGGCUAUUACGACUAUCAACUUGCCCUUCCACUCCGAACCUUCGAGAGUCUAUAUCUGCUAUGUUUUUUGAAAUUUCUGGUAAAGAUGCGUCAACAUUUGUCAAAAAUGUUGGCUACGGCUUUGCCUCAGGCUUCUUAAUGAGCCACAAUAUUGCAGUACCUGAGAACGCAUCAGACGCUUUCAGUAGCCAAACGGAGGGUACACCAAUCAACCCGAUUACCGGGCAGCGUCUUGAUGCGGAAGCCAUCGAGACUGGACCAGAGAUGACUGAAGAGGAAAAGGAAAGGGAAGCAGAAAAAUUGUUCGUCCUCUUCGAAAGAUUGAAGAAAACGGGUGUCAUGAAUGUGAGAAAUCCCGUGGAGCAAGCUGUACAAGAAGGCCGAUUCGAGGAAUUGGAUUGAGAUUCAGCUCUCUUCAGACUCUCUUGUGCCUAGGCAGCAUUCGGCGAUUGAGGCGAAGCAUGGCUUAAGGUUCCGGCAGCUGCAGGCGUUGGUACGGCAUUGGCGGCGUUUCGUUCAUCUAUCACUUGUACUAUAUAUUAUAUAUGUACGAGACGCGUCGAGAAAUUGCGCUGAGACAAGCAAUCGACAAGAUUGGAGGUGGUAGUGCUGAAUUCCUCCGUUAGAGUUGUUGUGUACGUUGGUGUUAUGUGUCUAGGUAGUGUAGUCACGCCGGUGCCGAAAAGCUAGUUAGCAUGGAUAACCCUUGAUGCGGCAUGGGAAAGAUCCAAGUCAGAGUUGCCUU